ACAACCUUCACUCUCUAAGUACUCUUAAAAACAUCCCCAGCCUUCCAUCCCCAAACACUCCAUGGAACCCCUAUCCCCUCCUUGUGAGAAGACAAUCACUGCCUAUCACUCCACCGUCGACACUUCUCGCCCUUUCCGGUCAGUCAAAGAAGCCGUCGCAUUAUUCGGUGAGAGGUUUCUAGCCGGUGACAUCUACUCUCAAAAGGUUAAUUACCCCAGCCCCAGAAAGGAAGUGAACCGAAAACCAGUCCUAUUAAAUCCCAAACAAGUUAGAGAUGAUGAACAUGUACUGGCAAAUGCAUUGAAGAAGCUAGAAGCUGAACUGGAGGAGACCAAGGAAGAUUUGAAGCUACUGAAAGAGAGGGAAUCAGAGACAGAAACAGUAUUGGCUUCACUAAAUGCUGAGCUUCACAAGAACAUGUCUAAGAUGGCCCAGGCAGAAGCAAUGGCAGCUGCAAAGGUGGUUGCUACAAAAGCUAUAGUUGUUAGGGAGAACAGAGAAGAUGAAAUCAUUGAGGAGGAAGAUGAGGUGAGGAAAAAGGACCCAAUAGUGAGGACAGAGAGCUCUCUAUCUCUAGCUAAAAUACUUAGUCUUGGGGAGAAAGAUCAUGGUUAUUACUAUGGAAUCACAAAGAACCAUAAGAAAAUGAUGAAGAAGAAGCCUAUAAUUCCUCUUGUGGGAGACUUGCUGUUCUCAAGGAAGAAAGGGUCUUCCACCACCCUCCAUAACCCACUCUAUUCAUCCUCCAUUCUAUAGUCUGAGAGAGAGAGAGAGAGGGGAAAAAAGGCCACUGUUAUUAUACUGCAAUAACUCAAAGUUGACAAAGUUGAGUGUUUGUGUUGAAUUUUGUGCCAAUGUUAUCAAUCAAGAUUGUCUUUAGUUCAUUAUUUCUGUGAUCAGCUAUCCCUGAUCUAUUGUUAUUUCUUUUUUCAAAUGCUUAAUCAAGUCUAGCCCUCUUCUUCUUAA